CCCUUAAACCAAUUGGAUGAGUGUGUGCGGAGCAGAGCGCGACUGAGGAACUUGGAAGCUCAGUAAAUCUCAAAGCAAAUCCCUUUAGCUGUGAGUUGACAUGGCUUGACUGAUCUCUGCGGGAAGUUUCAGGAAAUGCAACAGGUGGAAGAGUCCAGGCAAUGAACUGUGGACUGCUCUCCCUGUAGCGUCGCCGGCUAGCUGCUGCUGUGUGUGCUUGAAGGUGCUUGUGGGAGUCGGACAGGGAAACAACUGCGCACUCUUUCACACGGUCAAGUGGCACCAUGGAUGACAACAGCCUCAAUCACUCCAAUGUAAAGGUCGCUGUUCGAGUGCGACCAAUGAACAGGAGAGAAAAAGACCUAAAAACAAAAUGUGUGGUGGAGAUGGAAGAGAACCAGACAGUUCUGCAUCCAGCCAUCACCAAUGUGAACAAGGGGGACACACGGAAUCAGCCAAAGGUUUUUGCCUAUGAUUAUUGUUUCUGGUCUAUGGACGAGUCUCAAAAAGACAAGUUUGCAGGUCAGGAUGUAGUGUUCCAGUGCCUUGGGGAGAGUCUGCUGGACAACGCCUUCAUGGGCUACAACGCCUGCAUCUUUGCUUAUGGACAGACAGGCUCUGGGAAGUCGUACACCAUGAUGGGCUCAGCGGAACAGCCAGGUCUCAUCCCUCGGCUCUGCAGCUCCCUGUUCAGCAGGACUAUAAAGGAGGCCCGUGAAGGAGAGAGCUUCACUGUGGAGGUCUCCUACAUGGAAAUUUACAAUGAGAAAGUCAGAGACCUGCUCGACCCCAAAGGAAGUCGACAGGCACUGAGAGUGAGAGAGCACAAAGUUUUGGGGCCUUAUGUCGACGGCCUGUCACGCCUGGCUGUGGCCAGCUAUAAGGACAUCGAAUCUCUGAUGUCAGAGGGAAAUAAAUCUCGUACAGUGGCAGCCACAAACAUGAACGAAGAGAGCAGCAGGUCACAUGCUGUGUUCAACAUUAUCCUCACUCACACACUCAUGGACCUACAGUCUGGGACGAGUGGAGAGAAAGUGAGCAAGCUGAGUCUGGUGGACCUGGCAGGCAGCGAGCGGGCGGCAAAGACCGGAGCAGCAGGGGAAAGACUGAAAGAAGGCAGCAACAUCAAUAAGUCUCUCAGUACUCUAGGUCUAGUUAUCUCGGCUUUGGCUGACCAUGGAGCAGGGAAGAACAAGAGCAAGUUUGUUCCGUACAGAGACUCUGUGCUCACCUGGCUGCUCAAGGACAGCCUGGGAGGGAACAGCCGCACAGCCAUGGUCGCCACCAUCAGCCCCGCAGCGGACAAUUACGAUGAGACCCUGUCUACCCUGCGUUACGCCGACAGGGCGAAAAGCAUCGUCAACCACGCCGUCGUCAACGAGGACCCCAACGCCAGGAUCAUCCGAGAGCUGCGAGAGGAAGUGGAGAAACUGAGGGAGCAGCUCACAGAGGCUGAGUCCAUGAAGGCCCCAGAGCUGAAAGAACGACUGGAGGAAUCAGAGAAACUGAUCCAAGAAAUGACAGUGACCUGGGAGGAGAAACUCAGGAAGACUGAGGCUGUUGCACAGGAGCGUCAGAAGCAGCUGGAGAGCCUGGGAAUUUCUCUGCAGUCCUCUGGAAUCAGAGUGGUGGAUGACAAGUGUUUCCUGGUCAACCUCAACGCUGAUCCUGCUCUCAACGAGCUGCUGGUCUACUACCUGAAGGAUCACACGCGUGUGGGCUCAGCUGACUCACAGGACAUCCAGCUGUGUGGGAUGGCCAUCCAAACUGAGCACUGCGUCAUCGACAUCACUGAGAACAACGGCGUGGUGCUCACUCCUCACCGCAACUGUAGAACAUGUGUGAAUGGUGCUGCAGUCACUAGUCCAGUCCAGCUGCAUCAUGGUGACAGAAUACUGUGGGGUAACAACCACUUCUUCAGGAUCAACCUGCCCAGGCAUAUGGUCCAUGCAGGGGGUGAGGAUGAGGAGGGCGGCACUGUGAUGAAGACCAGCCUGAGCACUGACCGGCUGGAGGCGGAAUUCGACGCGUCCAGCGACGUGUCGAGCGAGCGGAGCUUCAGUUAUGAGUUUGCCCAGGCUGAGGUCAUGAUGAAAGGCAUGGGCAGCAACGACCCCUUACAGUCAGUGUUACAGACCCUGGAGAGGCAGCAUGAGGAGGAGAAGCGCUGCGCCCUGGAGCGGCAGAGGCAAAUGUACGAGCAGGAGCUGCAGCAGCUCCGCCAGAGACUCACCCCGGAGAAACCCACCCACCUCCUGGACGCACCAGGUCUCCCGCUCAGUGCCGCUGCUGCUGCUGUGACGUCACCUGGCUCCCACAAACGCAUGCGGCGGUGGAGUGAGGACAGAGAGGCGAUGAUGACUCGCAGCCUGCGGCGCCUGAGAGAGCAGAUAGUUCGGGCCAACCUCCUGGCUCAGGAGGCCGGCUUCAUCGCAGAGGAGCUUAACAAGAGAACAGAGUACCUGGUCACUCUUCAGAUACCUGCCACUAACCUGGAUGCCAACAGGAAGCGUGAUGUGGUGCUGAGCGAGCCGGCCAUCCAGGUCCGUCGUAAAGGUAAAGGGAAGCAGAUCUGGGCCAUGGAGAAGAUGGAGAACAGGCUGGUGGACAUGAGGGAGCUCUACCAGGAGUGGAAGGACUUUGAUGAAGACAACCCUGUGAUGCGGUCUUAUUUCAAACGUGCCGACCCAUUCUUCGAUGAACAGGAGAAUCACAGUCUGAUUGGUGUGGCCAACGUGUUCCUGGCCUGCCUGUUCUACGACGUCAAGCUGCAAUAUGCAGUGCCCAUCAUCAACCAGAAGGGAGAGGUGGCAGGUCGGCUGCACAUGGAGGUGUGGCGGGGUACAGAGGACUCUGAGGAGGUGGGUCCAGGACAGUUUGAAACUCAGCUGAGCAGCACAGAUGGAGAUCCACAGGAACGUAAACUGGACUGUGUGGUGAAAAUCCUCCAGGCCACUGGUCUUCCUCGCCACUUGUCCAACUUUGUCUUCUGUAGUAUCCACUUCUGGGGUCAGGAGGAGCCCGUGUUCAUCGCUCCAGAGGUGGCGCCAUCCAGCUCAUCAUCAGCCUCUAGAGACCCACAGUGCACCGUGGUCUUCGACAGUGCCAAGGAGCUGUCUGUGCCUGUGUCAGAUGACUUUGUGGAGUUUUUGACUGAGGGGGCUGUGGCCAUUGAAGUGUACGGCCACAAACAGGUCAACCACCGCAGAAACCUGGCGCUGUGGGACCUCGGAGUGAUUCAAGCCAAGACCAGAACCCUCAGAGAGAGGUGGAGUGAGGUGACCCGUCGACUGGAGAUGUGGGUGCAGCUGAUGGAGCUGAAUGAGGCCGGAGAGUUCACGGCUGUAGAGGUUCUUCCUGCCAAAGACAUACGCACCGGAGGAAUCUUUCAGCUCAGACAGGGUCAGUCCCAUCGGGUCCAGGUGGAGGUGCGUUCGGUGCCUGACUCAGGCACCAUGCCCCUCAUCGCUGCCUCCAUCCUCUCUGUGUCCAUCGGAGACGUCAAGGUCCGACAGAUGCGUCCCUCCAGAGGCAGCGAAUCACAUUGGGCUGGGGAUGAAGAAAUGGACAGCUAUCAGGAGGUAGACCUGGAGAGGAUGAGGGAACAGUGGCUGGUCACCCUCACUCAGAGACAGGAGUAUUUGGACCAGCAGCUACAGAAGAUCGUUUCCAAACCAGAUAAGUCAGAGGAUGAUGUUGAGAGGGAGUCCCAGCUGCUGGAGUGUCGUCUGACUCUCACAGAGGAACGAAACGCCGUUCUGGUACCGUCAGCUGGCAGCGGCAUCCCAGGAGCUCCAGCAGAGAGGGUUCCUGUCCCCGGAAUGGAAACACACAUUCCUGUCCUGUUCCUGGAUCUCAGUGCUGAUGAUUUCCAGUCCAGUCUUUCAGCGCCGUUGGCUGGGGGGCUGGACGCUUUACUCAGCGGCGAAGAUGACGACGAGUUCUUUGACCUUCACAUUGUUAAACACUACGAUCCAGAGGUGAAGGUGGAGGCUUCCUGGGACUCGACGGUCCACGAGUGCCCCCAGCUGAGUCGCGCAGCGUCAGCUGACCAGAGGGUCUACCUGACGGUGCGCGCGGCGGUUCAGCUGAGCCACCCAGCCCACAUGCAGCUGGUCCUCAGGAAACGCAUCUGUGUCAACGUCACUGGGAGACAGGGAUUCGCCCAGAGUCUGCUGAAGAGGAUGUCUCAGCGCAGCACCAUCCCCGGCUGUGGAGUCACAUUCGAAAUUGUCUCUAACAUCCCAGGGGACAUCCAUGGUCCAGAGGACAGGGAGAUGUUGGCCAGGCUGGCUGCCAGUGCCGAGGACGACCAGUCAGCUGACAGCGAAGCAGCCAUAGAGAAAUACCUCCGGAGUGUCCUGGCUGUGGAGAACAUCCUCACUCUGGACCGCCUGAGACAGGAGGUGGCUGUGAGAGAACAGCUGGCAGUCAGAGGAAAACCUCCCAGACGCUGCCUGAGCUCUCCAAACAUUAACCGGCUGUCAAGCAGCAGUCUGGAUCUCUGCUCCUCCUCUCAUCGGCUCCAUGACUUCAAUGGCUGGCAGAGCCACCAGGAUCUUUCUGUGGUGCCUCCUCCCUCCAGACGCACACUGCCCAGUUCCAUAUCCCAGAACCUGAACCCAGAAGCAGUGCAUUCAGGCUUUGCUGCAUCUUAUCUCCCCCCAGUCAAGGCCGUGCCCAAGCUGCUGAAGUCACUGCUUCCUGGUGGGAAGGAAGAUAGUAGAGAGCAGACAGCUGUCCAUCAGCAGAGCUUGCCACGCAUCAUGGUGCAGUCAGCCAGUGUCGAAGAGGGCAUGGGCAAACAUCAGCAACCCAUUCCCAUUGAGGAAAUCAUUCCUGCUGACAUCCAGGUGGAGAUCCCCAGAUCUAUGCCUCUACCACCACCAAUCAUCCCAGAAACAGAAGAAUCCACCCCCAGCCCCAUGAGCGAAGCAUCCAGUGGAUACAUGUCAACCAGCAUAUCUACAGCAACGCUGUCAGAGGUCUACACAUUGAGCUGGGACCUACCCCAGUCAUCCGGCUUUGAGAUGGUGCCAGAUGAAGAGGAUGAGGACAAUAAGGUGACACAAUCUAACACUUACCCUGAAUCUUCAGAGAUUCUAGAAUCAUUGCAGGUUUUGAACAGCAAGGCAGCUGCAGAGAGGACUGACUUGCCACUAUCCAAACCAUUUGAUUCUCCAUCAGAUUCAAAUCUGAGGCAAGAACCAAAUCAGUCUCUAUCAGUUCAGUUGAAGGAGCAAGCAAAGCCUGACUUAGCUGCAGAAUCAGACUUGCCAGGUCAGACCAAACAAAAGCAAGACUCAACAAUGGACCAGAUUGAAUUAGACAAUUUGGGGAAACUCAAAGAUUCAUCAGAAGUACAGGAGAAUGAAACCAAACAGACAGAGUUACUGCAAACAGACUACUCAAAAUCCAAGAACCCUGUGAUGGAAGAACUCGAGCUACCUGCCAAAGACUUGGCAGACACUGAAAUGUCAAUCCUUGACGCAACACAACCGUCUGCCCAAGAAGAUCAAAGUCAACUGGAAUUGAUAGUCCCACAGCCUCAGCAAUCCAACCAAGACAAGGCAACCUUUGACAGUACUAAAGAUCCAGCUCCAAACCUGAUCCUAGAUUUGUCUGAAGACACAGCUCCUUCUUUAGAACCACCUGGAGACACAGCUCACCAAGCUCCAACAAAGGAACUAUCAACCUCUGAGGCCUCAGACCCAAAUGGUGCCUCCAUCCUGACCUCAUCCUCAGCAGCAGAUAAGAUCCAACAGGAAUCGCCUGCCGAUGCAUCAACAAAAGCUACCACAGCUCCCACUCCUCUGUCCAACAUUGCCUCUAAACCUGCUGCAGUGGCCAACCCCUUCAAGAUACAGAAAGUCAAGUCCUCAGACCUCAAGUCCUUUCAACGUAUUCUGGGUGAGGAGGAGACUGGGCACAUGGACCAGGCCAGCAGCCUUGGAACAGGACUUAACCUGUCUGUGCCAGUGGAAAGUCUGGAAAUCAUCUCUGACUCUGAGGAAGGAGAUGCAGCUGCUACUACUGUUCUUCCUGACUGGUUGAAAGAGGGAGAGUUUGUGACUGUGGGGACCAAUAAGACUGGUACUGUAAGAUAUGUGGGACCCACAGAUUUUGCAGCGGGUACCUGGGUGGGAGUGGAACUGGAGGUACCGGCAGGAAAGAAUGAUGGCUCAGUGGGUGGUAAGCACUACUUCCACUGUAACCCUGGUUAUGGGGUGCUGGUAAGGCCUGACAGAGUGACCCGCGGUGGUGCCAAACGCCGUCGCCAACAGCAAAAGCGCCGUAGUGCCAACCUGUCUGGAUCCAGCCCAAACCUGGCUGCCCUUACUGCUCUGGCCAAAGGUGAAGCUGGUGCAGCAUCAACCAGCCGCAGCAAAGGAGAGAACCGCAAGUCCUGGAACACUUGAAAGGUUCAAUAUCUGCUAAAUAGCUAAUUGCUAGACACGCACUCAGCCAUCACCCAGCAGCUGAUUGAUGUGAUUAUAGGGUAAGUUUGAUCAAAGAGUGACACCACAGUGUUUUAUUUGGGCAGAUUUACUACAGAUUUCACUCUAUCUGGUCCUUAACUUAGUUUUGGCAAUACAAGAUGAGUCACUCCAUGCUCCUCUGUUGAGAGAAGGAACCCAUCAGAUCUAUUAUUCAUUUUAUUUAUCAUGUGUUCAAGAGCUGUAUUACUAUUAUUUUUAUUACCUGAUGAACCUAGUGAUUGAAAACUUCAGAGAAAUAUUGAAUGUCUUAUCAGAAAAUGUGAAUGUUUUAGGUAUGUAUAUGCAAAUGACCAAUUCUCUAAUUAAUUUCAUUUUAAAUGGUGGAUGUAUCAUUUUAGAAUGUAUUUAUUUCUGUGACAUUAGAUAACAAUCAAAGCACUGCCUCAAAAUUAGUUUUUUUUUUCUUUGAAAAUAUUACACCACCUGCCAGGCAAAAGUGUAUUUGUAUAAGGGUCAAAUAUUAAAAGUAGCUUAAGUUCACUGGAUGACACCGGAUGACUCCAGAGGUUGCACAACACCUUCAUGUGCUCAUAUUUCUACUGUUCAAAAGAUACUAUGCAGCUGUAUGUUUGGAUGGACUUCCAAGUCUCUCAAAUUUCUUGAUACCUAUUUGUAAUGUUUUCUUGUGCCUUGAAAUACUUUGACUACUACUCAGCACACAUGCCUUACUGAUACACCACCAAAUACUGUUUUGUCAGUAGGUUGAAAACUUUUCACUGUCAAAGCAGUUUUUUUUUUUUUUUUUUUUUUUAGCUCUUGAAAGUGUAUCUGUACUGUUCUACAAACUUGCACUCUGUCUGCUGACAAAUUCUGCUGAAAUUUUAGUACAUUUUGUAAAACCAGAUUUGAGUGAGUAGUGAGUGUGUGAAGACUGAUUGGGAGUGACUUAAUUUUAAAGAGAGGUGUGUGACAGUUUGAAAUACUUUCUUGCGAGCAAGUCAUUGAAUUAUACUGUGUUUGGGAGACUUGUGAUUUUUACAAUAAGGGAUUUUCUUUGUCAUAAUGCAUUUAGUAUUAAUGUCUGGUAAAUAAGAUAUUUUAUACAUAUGCAUUCAAAUUGAUCAUUUUGACCAGUUGGAUGCUUAUUUAUUUAAAGAUGAAGACAAGAUAUUGUUGAUACUGAAAAGCAAAAAUCUACUUUUUUUUAUUGAUGUUAAAUAAAUGUAAUUCUCCUCAUGCCUA